AUGAAGAUAGAAGAGCUCUCGGGCGAUUUCGCAGAUUCGGUGAACAUUUCUGAAGGUCACACCGCCAGCAAAAAUGACGCGCCGAUCCCGGGACCAGACCUCCUCACCCAAGCAAUGAACGCUUUUGCCUCGAAUGCGACACCAACGACAAACGACGAUGGCAGCGCGGGCCCCCAACUCCCCCCAGGAUUCGCGGCAAUGCGCAACAAAUCUGGCACCGAAAUUCUCGAGGAGCUUAACAAAUCCCCCCUGUUCAUGACAUCUCUCGAAGAAAAUGACGAUGUAGAAGCCCUGAAAGCCCUAGCGUAUGAAGGGACGCCCGCCGAAGUAUCACAAAGCUUCAAAGAACACGGGAACGAGACAUUUAAACAAAAAGGGUGGAAAGAUGCGAAGGAGUUCUACACCAAAGCUAUACAAGUUCUGUUGAUUGAGGUGCGGAAACGGCAAAAUUCCUCUAAAGAAGAGAAACAGAACGAGGAUGUUGAGGAGGUGAUGAAGGAGAUUAACAUUUUGGAAGCCUGUUUGGUUAAUCGUGCAGCAUGUCAUCUGGAACUCAAGAAUUUCCGCAGCUGUACGAUGGAUUGCGGUAGUGCUUUGAGGAUUAAUGGGAGGAAUGUCAAGGCUUAUUAUAGGUCUGCGAGGGCGUUGUGGAGCUUAGGGAAGAUUGUAGAGGCCGAUGAUGCAUGCGCCAGGGGAUUGGCUAUUGACUCUGAGAACGUGGCAUUGAAGGCUGUGGCAAGGGAUAUUAUCAAGAAGAAUGAAGAGGUUUCUGCGACAAGGAAGAGGGAGUUGGAGAGACAGCAGAGAAAGUGGCUUGAGGAACAGACGCUAAAGGCUGCACUGAAAGCGAGGGAUGUGAAGCUCCUGGCAACGACGCAACCUCCCGAGAUGGAGGACGCGAAGAUCGAGCUUGUUCCUGACCCAGUGGAUCCCACUUCCACAUUAAGCUUCCCCACUGUCCUGCUGUACCCGUUGCAUCUGCAGUCGGACUUCAUCAAAGCUUUCAACGAGACGGAGACCUUGACUCAUCACUUAAGUUACAUUUUACCCCUUCCCUGGGACAAGGAAGGUGCUUACACACCGGCGAGCGUCGAAUGCUACAUAGAAACUGUGAAAGGUGGUUUGCUUAAAGUGGGAAAGAAGGCUGUGCUGUUGAAAAUUCUGUCUUCUGAGAAUGUGGCGGUCACUGAUGAAGUUGUCAAGAUUUUUGUUGUCCCGAAAUCGAAUGCAGACACAUGGGUGCAGGACUUUAAAAAGAAAAAGGCUGCUGAAAAAUCAAGCUGA